AUGUCAUUUACAAUGGGAAAUGAAACAUUUAUUGUAACUUCUAAAUUAUUUAUGGAAAAUCGAUUACGUCUAGUGGAAAUGUUAAAAAGUAAAGUUCAACCUGGAAGUGUUGUAUUACUAAAAGGUGGCAUUGAACAAAAUCGUUAUAACACAGAUGCGGUGGAUCUUCCAUUUCGACAAGAAUCAUAUUUCUUUUGGACUUUUGGAGUUCAUGAAAGCAAUUGUUUUGGUGCAAUCGAUAUUGAUUCCGGAAAAUCAUUCCUUUUUCCACCACGACUACAUCCGGAUUUUGCUAUCUGGCAUGGAAACAUCAAUAAUGAAGAAUGGUAUCAGAAGAAAUAUGAGGUUGACGAAGUACAUUUCAAUGAUCAAAAUAUUAUUAUUGAAACAUUAACAAAUUUACAUGCAAAGCAUAUACUGUUGUUGAAAGCUAAUAAUUCGGAUAGCAAUGAAAUAUUGGAACCACCAACUAUUGAUGGAUUAAAUAAUUUACCUUUUGAUACAGCGAUAUUGUAUCCGAUUAUGGCUGAACUUCGUAUUUUCAAAACUGAUUAUGAACUUGAUGUAAUGCGUUAUGUUUGUAAGGUAGCAUCAGAAGCACAUAAAGCAGUAAUGAAAGCAAUAAAGCCUGGAAUGUAUGAAUAUCAAUUGGAAAGCUUAUUUCGACAUUAUUGUUAUUAUUAUGGAGGAUGUCGACAUUUGGCUUACACCUGCAUUGCUUCAUCUGGCUGCAAUAGUGCGAUCCUACAUUAUGGUCAUGAAAAUGCACCAAAUACCAAGAAAAUUAUCGAUGGUGACUUAUGCUUAUUCGAUAUGGGUCCCGAAUAUAACUGUUAUGCAUCAGACAUUACAACAACAUUUCCGUGCAAUGGUAAAUUUACGGAAAAACAAAAAUUGAUUUAUAACGCUGUCUUAGCUGCAAACAUAGAGGUAUUUCAAGCUGCUAAACCAGGAUUACGAUGGAGUCAAAUGCAUAUAUUAGCGGAACGAAUUAUACUGUCACAUUUGAAAGAUGCGGGAAUAUUGUGCGGUGAUUUAGAUGAGAUGAUAGAGGCACGAAUUGGCGCAAUAUUUAUGCCUCAUGGACUAGGACAUUUCAUGGGACUUGAUGUGCAUGAUUGUGGUGGUUAUCUUGGUGAUGCUGAACCUCGAUCGACAUUACCAGGUCUUAAGGCUUUACGUACAACACGUACCUUACGUGAAAGAAUGGUAAUAACCAUUGAGCCAGGAUGUUAUUUUAUUGAUACGUUAUUAGAUGCUGCACUUAAUGAUUCAGUACAAAGCAAAUUCAUUAUCAAAGAAAAGUUAAAUGAAUUCAGAGGUUUUGGUGGAGUACGAAUUGAAGAUGAUAUAGUAAUUUGGUUGCAUGGCAAUGAACGUAUGAGCAAUGUACCGCGAACUGUGGAUGAAAUUGAACAAUUUAUGUACGAAAAAGAAAUGAAAAAUUAA